CUACUGGCCACCAUGGACCUCCUGCAUCUGGCGCUCCUGCUGGGCUGCCUCUGCGGGUCUUUUGCAGCUGAAGAGUCCUGCGAGGGCCGCUGUGACAAGGGCUUUGACAGCCAGAAGAAGUGCCAGUGUGAUGACCUGUGCUUGUAUUACCAGAGCUGCUGCAGCGACUAUGCCAGGAUCUGCAAAGCCAAAGUGACCCGUGGGGACGUCUUUCUCCAGCCAGAGGACGACUACCAGGAUUACUACGAUUUGGCCAAUGCCACGGAUCCGGUGCCCACCUUCUUCACCCCAGAGGUCACCGAGAUCCCUGUGGACGAGGCCACCACAGACCAGCAGGCUUGGACAGAUGACUAUGCCUGGACAGAAGACGGGAAGUGGCCCGUGGGCCCUACGGAGGGAGGCCCCUGGGACCCCUCAGAGGCUCCGACCCUGCCAGGAGAGGAGGAGAGCCUGUGCAGUGGGCAGCCCUUCGAUGCUUUCACCAGCCUGAAGAAUGGCUCCAUCUUCGCUUUCCGAGGCGAGUACCUGUACGAGCUGGACGAGAAAAGCGCCCGGCCGGGCUACCCCAAGCUGAUCCGGGACGUGUGGGGCAUCGACGGCCCCAUCGACGCCGCUUUCACCCGCGUCAACUGCCAGGGCAAGACCUACCUCUUCCAGGGCAGCCUCUACUGGCGGUUCGACGAGGGCCUGCUGGAGCCCGACUACCCCCGCAACAUCUCCGAGGGCUUCGAAGGCAUUCCGGACGACCUGGACGCCGCCCUCGCCCUGCCGGCCGAGAACUACCUGGGCAGCGAGCGCGUCUACUUCUUCAAAGGGAGCCGCUACUGGUCCUACGACUUCGCCCACCAGCCGAGCCGCGCCGAGUGCGAGCAGACGAGCCCCUCGCUGGUCUUCGACCACUACGCGGUGCUGAAGCACGACAGCUGGGAGGAGAUCUUCCGCCUGCUCUUCGGGGGUUCCCGGCCAGGUGAGGCCAGCCGAGCGCGCUCCAUCAGCCGCGACUGGCGAGGGCUGCCCUCCCGGCUGGACGCUGCCAUGCUGGGCAGGAUCUACGUGGCGCAGAGCCCCUCCGGGAAGCCCAGCCGCCACAGGACCUCCCGCCGCCGCCACCGCAAGAAGUACCAGCGCCGGCAGAGCUGGGGCCGUUGGGACUCGUCGCCCUUCUGGGAGUCUCUGGGCGGGAUCAGCUCCGAGUCCUCGGACCGCGACUGGCUGGUCUCCCCCUGCCAGCCCUUCCAGAGCGCCUAUUUCUUUGUGGAUGACAAAUACUACCGGGUCAACCUGCACACGCGGCGGGUGGACUGGGUCCAUCCCAGGUAUCCUCGCCCCAUUGCCAAAUACUGGCUGGGCUGCCCCUCCGAGGACCUGCUCUGAGCCUGGCCAUGGAGCCUUCUGGACCUGCUGACUGGCCCAAUAAAGUCUCCC